CGGUGCAUGGAUGCGCCAUGGCCACGCUGGUGUGCCGGGUGCAGCUGCUGGAUGACACCGACCCCUUCAACAGCACCAACUUCCCCGAGCCCACCCGGCCGCCGCUGUACACCUUCCGGGAGGACAUCCCGCUCGCCACCCAGCUGGCCGGGGUGCACCGCCUGCUCCGCGCCCCGCAGAAGCUUGAUGACUGCACCUUGCAAUUGUCUCAUAAUGGUACCUAUCUGGAUCUAGAAUCCACCCUAGCAGAGCAAAGAGAUGAAUUAGAAGGCUUCCAGGAGGAUGCUGGGAGGGGCAAGAAGCACAGCAUAAUUCUGAGGACCCAGCUGUCAGUGAGAGUCCAUGCCUGCAUUGAAAAACUUUACAAUUCCAAUGGACGGGAGCUGAGACGGGCACUUUUUUCCUUGAAACAAAUAUUUCAGGAUGACAAGGACCUGGUUCAUGAGUUCGUUGUUGCUGAAGGUCUGACUUGCUUGAUCAAAGUGGGGGCAGAAGCCGACCAGAAUUAUCAGAACUACAUCCUGAGAGCUUUGGGCCAGAUAAUGCUUUAUGUUGAUGGCAUGAAUGGAGUGAUAAAUCAUAAUGAAACUAUCCAAUGGCUGUACACGCUUAUUGGCUCAAAGUUUCGCCUGGUGGUAAAAACAGCACUGAAGCUGCUGCUGGUGUUUGUGGAGUACACAGAAUCCAAUGCACCCCUUUUGAUCCAGGCAGUAUCUACUGUGGAUGAAAAGAGAGGAGCUAAGCCAUGGUCCAACAUCAUGGAGAUACUGGAGGAGAAGGACGGAGUUGAUACAGAACUACUGGUUUAUGCAAUGACCUUGGUUAACAAGACGCUGUCAGGAUUGCCAGAUCAAGACUCUUUCUACGAUGUGGUGGACUGUCUGGAAGAGCUAGGCAUUGAAGCUAUUUCACAGAGACACUUGAACAAGAAAGGAACAGACUUGGACUUAGUUGAGCAAUUUAACAUUUACGAGGUGACCCUGCGGCUGGAGGAUGGCGAGGAGGGCGCGGACCCCCCCGUGCCGGGCCACGGGCAGCGCGGGGAGGAGCUCAGUGAGAGUGGGCUGACAGCUGAGAGCCCCAUGGUCUCACAGGCUGAUAACAAGGAUGACAGUGCAUUUGAGGAUGAGUUUAAAGCAUCUUCAGUAGAGGACGAAUAUGAAGAGGAGGAAGAAGAACAGCCAGUCACAGAGCCCAAUACUGAGGAUGAGGGGGAGGAAGAGGCCAAUAGGCAGGUCAAAGCCAGUGAGGUUCCAGAUGUGCAUGAGGCUGUGAAGGAAAGCUUUUCACAGUGUUCUGACUCUUCAGCUGUCUCCAGUGCCAUUUCUCCAGCUGAGAGGCCUCUCGCCUGCUCUAGAGCAAAGAGCUUUUCUAGCAACUCCUCUUCUGUGCCUGACUCAUCUGUCUCUCAUCAUAAUUCUGUCCUUUCAUCACCAUCUUCACCUGCAACAGCAUUGCUGAGCUCUCCCCAAAAUUCCUCUGCCUCCAUUACUCCAAAGGCAUCUCCAACGGUGGAAAAAUUACCUUAUGUACCACACACUCCUUUUCACCUCUUCUCAUAUGACUUUGAAGAGUCUCCAGCAUCUGUGAAAGAGAAGGAAGCAGAAAUGAUGAGGGAAAACAGAUACAAUAGCUAUGGCAGCAGCUCUUACUCUUCUCCACGACCUUAUGCUGGUGUGAGUGCCCCUACAACACCCACUACUCGUUAUGGGACAACUCUGUCACCGCCUCAGGAGACCAAAUCUGACAGGCCAGCUUUGGGUGGUCUCCUUACAUCAUCUUUUCGGCAGCACCAGGAGUCCUUGGCAGCAGAAAGAGAAAGACGGCGUCAGGAGAGAGAAGAAAGGUUGCAAAGGAUAGAACGUGAAGAAAGAAACAAAUUCAACCGUGAUUAUUUAGACAAAAGAGAAGAACUAAGACAAGCAAGAGAAGAGAGAUACAAAUACUUGGAGAAGUUGGCAGCAGAGGAGUAUGAGAAGGAGCUGAAGACUCGGAGUGUCAGCCGAGGCAGAAGUGAGCUGUCCUUGAAUCUGAGAUCUCCUUCAGCUCCAUCCUCACCUGUACCCAAGUGCAUCAGCCCAGCAUCCAUAGAGUCCCAGGAAGAGCUGAAGACCCCUUCCAUCCCGUGUGGAACUCCUCAGCCCUCAGAAGUGAGUGCCAGUGAACCCGAACCAGAGACAGAGACAGAACCAGAACCAGAAGCAGAGCAGGAGGCUGAGGCUGAGGCCAAGCAGGGAACGGAGACACCCAAGGAAAUAGAGGCUACAGAGGUGGGACCAGAGAGUGAGGUGGAGCAAGGACCAGAGAGAGAGCCAGAAGAAAGUGCAAUACUCAGUGAAAAGGAGAGGCAGAAUGAGGAAGUGAAUGAAAAAGACAACUGUUCUGCAUCCAGUAUAUCCUCAGCAAGCAGCACUUUAGAGAGGGAAGAGAGAGAGGACAAGUUAACCAGUGACAAUGAAACUGGUCCAUGGUCACAGACCAUUCAGGAUGCUGGUGUGAAUGAGCAGUGCAGCAACAUCCUCAACAACAAGCGGUUCAUGCUGGACAUGUUGUAUGCCCAUAACAAAAAGCCCAAAGAUGAAGAGGAGAAGGAGCUGGAGGCGAAGGAGGAAAAGAAGGAGACGGAGGAAAGCGAGGAGUCACUCACUAGCCUAGCCAGCAGGAUCUCUAUUCUUCAGGCCACAAAGCAGGCCAAAGAUGAAAGCGUCAAAAAGAUGGAGAUUGGAAAUCUGGACAACCAAGGCAGUGUGAAAGCCUUUGCAGAAAAGUUUAACAGUGGUGAGCUGGCUAAGGGAACAGCAGUGCCUGAAGAUGAAAUAAGUGAACAGGUCCCUGAGAAAACACCAGCACAGACAAAGAAGGAAUCUGAUUACAUCUGGGAUCAGCUCAUGGCUAAUCCUCGAGAACUGAAAAUCAAAGACAUGGAUUUUACAGACUUGGGGGAGGAGGAUGAUGUAGAUGUGUUGGACAUGGAUAUGGGUCCUGGGGACUCCCUUGCUCCCCCCCCUCCACCUCCACCUUCUUUUCUGGGUUUGCCUCCUCCACCGCCUCCCCCCUUGUUUGGAUGUCCGCCUCCACCUCCGCCCUCUGCUAAUUUAUUGGCUCCUCCUCCACUGUUCAGCUCUCCUCAGGGUUUAGGGUCACCCCAGGUUUCCAGGGGUCAGCCAGCAUUUAUAAAGAAGAAGAAAACCAUCCGUCUGUUUUGGAAUGAGGUACGGCCAUUUGAGUGGCAGUGUAAAAACAACAAACGCUGCAGAGAAUUCCUGUGGUCCAAACUGGAACCCAUUAAGGUGGACACUUCCAAACUGGAGCAUCUCUUUGAGUCUAAAUCCAAGGAACUGCCUGUCACAAAGAAAACUGCUGCAGAUGGGAAGCGACAGGAGAUCAUUGUGUUGGACUCAAAGCGAAGCAAUGCCAUUAAUAUUGGCUUGACUGUGUUGCCCCCUCCCCGCACCAUCAAGACUGCUAUUUUGAACUUUGAUGAAUAUGCCUUAAAUAAGGAAGGAAUAGAGAAAAUCCUGACCAUGAUCCCAACGGAGGAGGAAAAGCAGAAGAUCCAGGAGGCGCAGCUGGCGAAUCCCGAUGUGCCCCUGGGCAGCGCCGAGCAGUUCCUUCUCACCCUCUCCUCCAUCAGCGAGCUCUCUGCCAGGCUCCAGCUCUGGGCUUUCAAGAUGGACUAUGAGAUAGUGGAAAAGGAAGUUGCAGAACCACUGCUAGACCUGAAGGAGGGAAUGGACCAACUGGAGCACAAUAAAACUUUGGGGUUUAUCCUUUCCACUCUACUGGCCAUUGGGAACUUUCUGAACGGAACCAACGCCAAAGCUUUUGAGUUGAGCUACCUCGAGAAGGUUCCAGAAGUCAAGGACACAGUGCACAAACAGUCCCUCCUGCACCACGUCUGCACUAUGGUGGUAGAAAAGUUCCCAGACAGCACUGAUCUUUAUUCAGAGAUUGGGGCCAUCACUAGGUCAGCCAAGGUUGACUUUGAACAACUCCAGGAAAACUUAUGUCAGAUGGAAAGACGGUGCAAAGCAUCAUGGGAUCACCUUAAGGCUAUAGCAAAACAUGAAAUGAAGCCAAGUCUAAAGCAAAAAAUGUCUGAGUUCCUUAAAGACUGUGCAGAAAGAAUCAUAAUCCUGAAGAUUGUUCAUAGAAGAAUAAUUAACAGGUUUCACUCAUUUUUGUUAUUUAUGGGCCAUCCUCCCUACGCAAUACGUGAAGUCAACAUCAAUAAGUUCUGCAAAAUUAUAAGUGAAUUUGCUCUGGAGUACCGCACCACCAGGGAACGAGUUCUGCAGCAAAAACAGAAACGAGCUAACCACAGGGAAAGAAACAAGACCAGAGGGAAAAUGAUAACAGAUUCCGGCAAGUUCUGCAGCAGCUGCCCUCCCUGCCAGAGCCAGCCGCAGGGCCUGCAGUACGCCGAGGACGCUGCCGAGCACGAGAACAUGAAGGCCGUGCUCAAGAGCUGCUCCGCGGCCGGGGACGGCAGCAUGGCGCUCGGCGUCCGCACUCGGAGCCGCGCCAGCCGAGGCCGUAUCGGCUCGUGGAACGCUGGCACCGACGACUCGCCGAGCGCGACGGAUGACGCCGCGGAUGAGAUCAUGGAUCGCAUUGUCAAGUCCGCCACCCAAGUGCCAAGCCAGCGAGCCGUGCCUAGAGAGAGGAAGCGGUCACGAGCAAACAGGAAGUCAUUGAGAAGGACACUAAAGAGUGGGCUAACACCAGAAGAAGCCAAAGCACUGGGCCUCAUCAGCACUUCUGAGAUGCAGGUUUGACAUCCCAGGGGUGGUGCCG